AAGAAUUGAGUGUCAGUGGCAAGCUGUCCUUCGUCCGGGUAACAUCGCUUUCGUUUGGGUACAAAGUUGGCGCCGGAGGGAAACCAUGUUCGGCGUGAGAUGGACUCACGCCGCGCUCCUCCUGAUUUCCGCGGCGGGUGUUCUGGCGGGGACCGUCACGUCAGACCGCAAAGACGAUGACGUCACGCCCGUUGGUGUCGCCCCGGAAGCCUCGGUAAAUUCGGAAGCCUCGGAAACUUCAGGAGUCUCAGAAGCCUCUUUGGCGACGCCGGGAGAGAGCCAGCAGGUUUCCGCGGCGGUGGUUGGGGGGGAUCUGAGCACCUCCGCUUCGGGCUAUGGCAUUGGCUACAAGGACAACAGAGGUUACAAGGGAGGCUACUUCGAUAAAGCAGGCUACAGGGGACACAGAGGCUACAAAGCACACAAAGGCUACAAAGGAAAACAUUAUGGCGACCACGGGAAAGCAAAUUACAAGGGAUACCACGACAAGCACGGGAAGAAAUACAAAGGCCACCAUGACAAGCACAGAUAUUUUGGCGAUUCCUAUAAAGGUCAAAAGGGGAAGAAAGGUCACCAGUAUGGAUCCAAAGGCCAUCACAACAAAGGUCAUAAAGAUAAGGGGUACAAGAAUGUGUACCACAAAGAGGAGUAUCAGCACAGCAAGAAGUUCUACGAUGAUAAGGAUACCAAGAAGUACCACAACACGUACGACGACCACGAUAGCUACUACGAAGGGCACAAGGGAAAGGAAUACGAGGGAAACCAGUACAAGACUAAUAGUUUGUAUAGUGGAGCUAGAUUCCUGAACCGUAGAUUAUUAGAGAAAUUACCAGACAGCUCACCGUAUGGCAAUCCAUCACGUCACUGGAGAAAACAAACUAGGGUCAGAGAGAGGAAAGAAAGAAGACGGAGGAGGGAUUACAGGAGUCUCCCCAACAAGAGGCAGCGUUCGAGGCAUAGAAACCGGGAAGGGGACCGCAGAUCAAAGAGGAGCUUAGAGCAUAAAAAUCGCCGUAACCAAAAGCAAGGGAGAGGUUAUCCAUGCAGAGGUAAAACGCUGGUAAAAGCCAAGAAAUAUCUAACAGCUUGCGGCGGCAGACACGCGAGAAAGGACCGCCGUACAUCAAGGAAGCUCAGGGACGCCAGAGAAAGUAACCGCUCACGUAGAAGGCGCAGAAGUUUAGACUAUUUACGAAGACGUGAGCGACGUCGGUCAGUUGCCAAAUCAAGAGGACGAAGAGAGUCGUCGAGAGACAGAAAUCGUAGACAGAGAAACCGAAAAUCUCUGGAAAAGCGGGAGAGACGAAAGAGAGACAAAGACAUAAGGAGGAGGAGGAGACACGUCGAAAGGAAACCGGGAAGAAGGUCGCAAAGGCCCCGCAGACAGAGAAACGAGAGAAGGAACAGAGGAAAACGUCUCAAAGAAAGUGAGAAGAGGAGGAGGAGAUCAAGAUCUAAAGACCGUAAGAACAAGAACGUAGAGAGAAGAAAGAGAAGGCAGGAAAGAAGGAAGAGGGAGGCGAGAAGGAAGAAGAAUAAAUAUCAGUCAAGGGCGUCACGGAGGAGACGAGAAACAAGCAAGAAUAACAAACGCAGGAAAAGGGAAACCGCAAAAUAUUCUAAACGCCGAAAGGGCGGAAAACACCACGACAAGCACGGCAAAAAGGGCACCACGAGAAGGGCAAGUACCACGACGUCCACGAGGGCCACAAGGGACACUACGGCGACAAAGGCCACUAUGGACACAAGAGUUCCUACGGCAAGAAGGGAGGACACGAGGGAAGCUACGACCACGACGACUACUAUAAAGGACGCGACGACCAUGGAGGAGGAGGCUAUGGUCAUGAACGACUACCAGGGCUACGGUCACGGCCGUGGAUACGACGACCAUGGGCACAGCCACCACGGCAGCUACGGGUCCCACUCCAGCGUCAACCCCGUCACGUCUCCUGCGGCCGCUCCCCCCCCAGCAUCAGCCAGCUUGUCGUACCGAUCUUCUCCCGCUGCGUUCUACCCUUCCUCCCCUGCGGCCUCCCUCUCCCUGUCCUUGGUAGCUCCUCCUCCCCCUGCUGCUGUCUUGCCCCCUGAGCCGGGGACAAGACACGCCCCGCACACCUUCGAGACCUUCGGAGACUUCGCCAGAUUCUCGUAGUACCUGAGCGCGUGAGGCCGUGGCGGAGGCGCCGCCGCGGCCGCGCGCUGCUCGACGCUCGGCUACGCGGCGGCCUCGCUCGUGAUCGCUAUGUGUUGUUGUUGUUUUGUUGUUGUUGUUUUUUAUCAAAGUCAAUAAAAGCUUUGUAAAAUAGA